AGUGCACAAGCCAAUAGAUAAAGCUGGAGAUGAGUGGUGGUGAAGUAACUGUAAAUGUGCUUUUAUCGGUAUACUUCUGUUUUGUUUAAAAUGUGCGAUAUACUAUAUGGGGGUGGUUAUUUACUUGGCCAAUGUCGUUCUUCCUUACACAGUCCAAUUCUGCGUAGUUUACGCGGUUUUCCUUCAUUACAGUCCAUUAAAAUAACCGUCCUUGAAGGAUACGGUCCUAUGGAAACGCAGUAAAUAUGAUAGCGGGUUAAACAGGUAACAGUGUGAGCAUAACCGGCAUUUUUACUUUUAAGACUAUUCUGCUGUUAUGAAACACCGUCUGGGAAAACGUAUUGUAUAUUGCUUCACUAGAUCAGACUACUUCUCUCUGUCAGAACUGCGCAGGUAAGCCUAUUCAGUUUGGCAUAAGAUUGAUGAAACUUACAUUGGGAUACGGAAUAUUUAGUGGAGUUCUCUAGGGAUUAAAAGUGAUUCGGAUGAUGUCAUGUGUCUGGAAAAUAAUACAUGAUGCGGCCAAAAAGAAAUGGAAAGAUCCCGCGUCACUUGCGGUGUUGGUAUUCGUCCCACGUUAAAUCAUGUCUUAUAAUUUCAAUGAACGGGCUUCCCUUCACUCACCCUGCGUUGCAGGCGGACAGCUCCUCCCGAAUAUAAAAAGCUCAAAGGGUGACCAUCCUCAGAUAUUUCAUCAACCUGUUGUCUUGGUGGAAUUUAUUGAACUUGCGUGGUUACAAGCAAGAAAAUAGACGUUGCUCACUUUAGUGGCUUUGAACCCAAGGCAAGUGCUCCACAUCAGAAGGUAAUACGAGGAGAUGCAUUCCGCAGUGGCCGUAGUAUUUGUGCUGCUCAGCGGCAACGCGCUGGUUCAAGGUGGCCCGUGCGAGCCCGUGAGAAUCCCUAUGUGUCAUUCCAUGCCUUGGAACAUCACCCGGAUGCCCAAUCACCUGCAUCACAGUACCCAGGAAAACGCCAUCCUUGCAAUCGAGCAAUACGAAGAACUGGUGAACACUGAAUGCAGCACUGAUCUGCGCUUCUUCCUAUGUGCCGUGUAUGCGCCCAUAUGCACGAUCGAGUUCAUGCACGAUCCCAUUAAACCCUGCAAGUCGCUGUGCCAAAGAGCCCGCGACGGUUGUGAGCCUAUAAUGAGGCAGUACAAUCACAACUGGCCGGAGAGCCUGGCGUGCGAUGACCUGCCGGUGUACGAGAGAGGUGUGUGUAUCUCCCCGGAAGCGAUCGUCACAGAAUUACCUGAAGAUGCGAAGUGGGAUGACAUUUUUACACAUUUGUUGUUAGGAGCAGAUCGCGACUGCACAGACUGGACACCAGAUUGUAACUGCAAAAAGAUUAAGCUAACAGCAGCUACAUAUCUGGAAAGAAAAUACAGCUAUGUUAUUCGUGCCAGUUUUAGAGAAGUCCGAAUGAGCUGCAAUGACAAUACAACUAUAGUGGAAGUGAAGGAGAUAUUAAAGUCAACAAGCCCGAUCAAACAUGGUCCUGUUAACUUGAUAACAAAUUCUUCCUGUCCAUGUCCGGAACAUCUGCCUAAAGAGGAUGCACUCAUAAUGUGUUAUGAGUUGGACUCUCGACUGAUGCUGCUUGAAGAAUGUGUUGUUGACAAAUGGCACAACAAUUUCAUAAUGAAAUUUAAGCGUUUUGAACAAAGACUACAAGAGCAGCAGCAGCGAGGUAGUCAAAAUAAAAAUGCUCCUCGUAGUGGACGCAACCCAAAAAUUAUGAAAGCGACACACUCAGACCCUGGUAAUCCCAAAAGAAAUAACAAAAACAAAAACAAUCAAAAGCCUGCAAAAACAAGGAAGCAAUGAGCACAAUAUGUGGAGGAAAAUGUGGGACUUUAUUGCAUGAUGGUUCAAAAACUGGCAUGAAAAACCAGCAUCAGUCCAUCAAUAUGGCUUGCAGUGCUCUAAUUCUGUUUCCUGCUGCUUUUUAAAUUACUGCCAUUGACUGUGGUUUUCCACUUUUAUAUUCCAUAUAUCAAGUUUUUCUUGAUUUAAUAACCAGUAACAACAUAUUAUCUGCAAAUUGACAUAAUGACAAUAUCAGGCUGAUAGCAUAUUCAUAAUUUUUACUCAAUCCUGUGUGUUAGAUAAACGUGGAAAAUCUCUUUUUACAGACCAUUUAAAUAAUGUCAUUAAUUGUCUCAACCUAAUUGUACACUUCAGAGGAAAUCGUUUUCCUUUAAAUAAAAAAAAGUCUUCAGCAUGGACAUGGCAGUAGUGGGAAAUGAACACAAGCAAACAAUUAAAGAAAAAGUGACGACUACUUUACAGUGUGUUCUGAAGCAAAUGGUAUGUUUCCAGUGAUGCCAGAUUUCAGAUCAGGCUCUUGCUGACUCAAUAAUUGAAAAUAAAAGAGUGAAUAAUAAUGUUUUGAAUUUUAUAUUUAUCAUUAAGAAAAAUCUUCCAAAAUACUGUAUUAGAUUUCAUGACUAAAUUUUGCAUUUACGUCAAAAAAUAUAAUAAAUCAUCCUUCAAGUCUAAUGACUUUAUUAAAGUGUGUAAUAGUACACGUUUAAAUGAAAAAUAAAAAUGACACUUUCUGUGAUUACAAAAACAAAUUAAAACUUUGGGCUGUAAUGUGUAUAUUUUUAGCCAACACUUAAAUCAUACAAAUAAUAAUUAAUUAUAAACUGUAGUAGUCUCAAAACGUCAUCACAGACUGAAACAUUACUGAAUAUCUGUACGUUGUACAUUGUUUACUGACAAAAUUAUUUGGACAGCUGAAAUUUUUGGCAAAUGCACAAUAUAUCAUGGUUUACUAACCAAAAAAAGAAGUCCCAAAAUCCAUAAGCAUUAAAAGUUAAAAAAGCACUAUGAACAAGCAUGUGAUAAAUAUUGGAAAAAUACACAAAAUAUGUAUUUCUUUUGUCAAUUUGUCUAACGCACACAUUGUGAAUAAAUGUUAAAAUCAGUUUCAGUGUUUUCUGAUACCUAAUUGGAUACCUUCGUAAAAUGCCUAAAUUAUAACUGCUGUUGAAUGUUUGUGAAAUGCAGAAUUGAAGCUAAAGUCUUCAUUGACCACUUGGUGGUAAAAAAUAAAAUAAAA